AUGGCUUUCUACACUAGUAUGUCUCAGUUCCUUUUUCCCUUGAUCUGGUGUUCUAUUCUGAUUUGUCUCUCUUCAGGAUUCCCUACCAGCGAAUCAUCAGUUUCCCCUUCAAAGGCUGAACAAGACUUUGAAAUGUUCCAGCAAUGGAUGGCGGAGCAUGGAAGAGUCUACGCAAACUCUGAAGAGAGCAACACUAGAUUCCAAAUAUUCCAAAGAAAUCUCAAGUACAUCACUGUGACAAAUGCCAAGAGAUCCAAUUCCUCUGGUGCCUAUCGUUUGGGACUCAACAAGUUUGCUGAUAUGAGUCCUGAGGAGUUUAAGAGAGUGUACCUCCAUCCCCUGGAGGUUCCGACCACCAUCGCGCCGGCUACCUCGAGGCCGGGACAUAGGCAGCCCAACAAUUCAUGUGAAAAUGCACCUCCUUCCAUGGAUUGGAGACAGAAAAGAGUGGUGACUCCUGUCAAAAACCAGAAAAGAUGUGGAAGUUGUUGGGCAUUCGCGACCACUGGGGCAAUCGAAUCAGCGAAUGCAAUAAGAAACGGGGAACUUGUUCGCCUUUCUGAACAAGAACUUCUGGAUUGUGACCUCACCAACCAUGCUUGUUCAGGAGGAUUUCCCGUGACGGCCUUUAAAUGGGUUGUCAAGAAUGGCGGGCUCAGUAAAGAAGAUGAUUAUCCUUAUGUGGGGGAAAAGGGUCAUUGCAAAGCUGAAAAGAAAAGUGUUGUGAAAAUAAAUGGC